AUGGAUAAGUCUUCUGAUCAUGUCUACCCCGGUCUCCCACCGAGAUCUAGAAUGACACCCAGGAAGGAGAGGGAGAGCGGAGCCUCUGUGCCUCCCAGAAGUCACAGACAAAGGCCAUCGAAGGCAGGACGGGUCCCGGAGGCGUCUUCGGUGAGAAAAGAGAGACAGAAAAAGGAGAAACAGACAGAGACCAAUGAGGUGAAGGUGGAGCAGGAGACAGAAGUGAAGGUGAGUUCCACUGUGGUGGACAUAGACAGCGUGAGAGAGGAGGAGGUCAAGGAGGACAACCUGGGGCUCCUGGAGGCAGCAGAGCAGGAGGACGGUCUGAAGCGCAAAAACCUGGGAGUGUUUGAGUGGAUGCUGAUGGUCUUCGUCUUUGCUCUGGUUCUGCUCGUCCUCCCCAUUUCCAUUUGGUUCUGUGUCAAAGUAGUGAGGGAGCAUGAGAGAGCUGUGAUCUUCAGACUGGGUCACCUCCUGCGAGGAAGACCCAGAGGACCAGGCCUUCUUUUCUACCUCCCACUCCUUGAUGUGUGUCACAAAGUUGAUAUCCGACUACAAAUGCUCAAGGUUCCUCCUCACACGGUGGUGACGAAGGAUUUGGUGAGGCCGGAGCUGAGCGCAGUGUGUUAUUACCAGAUAGAGAACGUGGCUCUGUGCAGCACGGCCCUGUCCAGUCUGACCACAGUGCUGCAGACUCUGGUCCAGGCCGUGGUCAGAGACAUCCUCGCCCAACACACGUUCAGCCACAUCCUGCUGCACAGGAGGAGGAUCGGACAGCAGAUACAGGCAGCGGUUGACUCUGUUGCUUGCCUCUGGGGCAUCAGGGUGGAGAGAGCAGACAUAGACGAGCUCAGUUUUCCUGUGGAGUUACAGCAGAGUCUGGCUGCCGAGGCCGAGGCAAAGAGACAACACCAGGUCAGAGUGAAAGCAGCAGAAGGGGAGAGAGAUGCCUGGGAGGGGUUCAGGGCUUCCCUCCGUCUGCUCCAACCUGCCCUGGUCCUUCCAAUCCCCCCCGAUCUCCUCAGCGUGACCCCUGACCUCUCAUCCCUACCCCCACCUCCUCCCCCAGCUGUGGAAGGAGAGGGUGGGGCGACAGAUACAGACUCGCCAAUGAUGUGA